AUGGGUUCCUUGACGCAAAUCAACACGCAAUGAGCAAUACCUGCUAGCGAGUGACUUCUUGCUCUGGGGACUACUUUCCUUUGCAAGAUUCUUGCAAAAAUUGAAAUAAAAUAAAAUAUUAUAUAUAAUUUUCUUAUGGAUUGAUUCUUGGUAUGAGGAAGCAAUGAAGCUCCUACCUCUGCUUGCCGUCCUUGCAAGCAUCGUAGCAUUGCCAGAAGCAAGGCAUCUUCAUGGAAGCAAACACCAUGUAAAGCGCAUGGUAUCAGAAAGAGGCGAGUCGUUGCAACCAGCUAAACGCUCCUGGGUAUGCCAUCCUGGAUGUGCAAAGUUUUGCUUACCAUCAUGCAAAGCAAGCUGCUGCUCUGGUCAGUCACGUGAAUACCAUCCUGAUCUAAUGCCUCUUAUCGAUGCAUAUCAGAAAAAUAUUGAACAGGAGGCUGCAGAAGAGGCGGCCUCAGAGCGUAGUAUGCCAUGUGGACCAGUCUGUUCUCCACAGUGUGCCCCUGCUUGCAAUCAAGAAUGCUGCCAACCACAACAGUUUCCACAGCAGAUGCAAAUGAUGCCGAUGAUGCCACAGCAACAAAUGAUGCCGCAGCAACAAAUGAUGCCGCAGCAACUGAUGGCACAACCACAGCAACCUGAGGUCUCGUUUCAAAUGCAAGCCGAAUUUGUUCCUUGCGGGAUGGGUUGUGCUGCGCAGUGUGCACCAAUGUGCAGCUACGACUGUUGCUCACAAACACCGAUGCAACCGAUGUCAAUACCAGUCAUGCAAACUCCCAUGGAACAACCACAGCAACAAAUGGCACCUGCGCCUCCACCGCCACCUCCUCCACGUCCAAAGAAGAGGAAACCAAAGAAGAAGCCACCGCCAAGGCCACCACCACCUAGAGCACCUCCGCAAGAUGGCUCAAUGUGUAAUCCAAGUUGCGAGAAGCUGUGUCUGCCAUCGUGUAAAUUCACAUGUUGUAUACCUGAAAGACUGCGAAGCACUAACUUCGCCCAUGAAUCAGUCAUCUUCGGAAAUCCGGCUCCUGCGCAAUCACCGCCAGUCAAUCCACAACCCAUAAACAUGCCACCGUCUUGUAUAGGCAGCCAUGAUAUUUGCAAUCCAAGCAUUGCUGGCCCUCCAAUACCUGCACCGCCUCCUUCCUGUGGAAGAGCCUGCCCUGCAAGUUGUGCACCUGCUUGCAGCAGCAGCUGUUGCUCCGCUGCUCAAUCGGCGCAGAUGAUGGCACAAUCUAUUGCACAAGCUCUGAUGCCACCGAUAAUGCAACCACAGUCGUGCCCUCUUGGCUGCCCCUCACAAUGUGCCCCACAAUGUAAUCCCCAAUGCUGCUUUCCUCAGUUGCCACAGCUGCCUCCUCUUCCUGCUAAUACCUGUCCUAUGGGUUGUCCAUCUCAGUGCGCCCCGAUGUGUUCCCCACAAUGCUGCUUUCCAAGACCGUUGUUGCCUCCGAUGCCACCCCCUCCGAUGCCACCCCCUCCGAUGCCACCUCCAGUUCCCAUGUGCCCUCCACAAUGUGCUCAAGUCUGUACUUCUUCGUGUAGCCCGGCCUGUUGUGCUGCUUCACUACCCCCACCACCCAUGCCAAUAAGGUUACCAAUCACCUUCACAGGGCCUCAACAAAUUCCUUUGCAACAAUCAGUAUGUGGAAACUUCCCUGGCUGCUCCCCAUCGUGUGCCCCUCAAUGUACUCCUUCUUGCUGCAAUGCCGAUGUUCCUAAACCAAUUGUCAUUCAAACAAAACCUAUCAUCGUAAACCUCCCUUCAGCCCCACCUGCAUUGCCACCCCCGAUGCCUAUGAUGUGUCCUGCACCCUGCCCUGCUUCUUGUGUACCUUCAUGCACGGCAGCCUGCUGUGCUCCACCUCCUCCUCCAAUGCCACCUCCUAUGCUACUACCUCCACCACCUCCUCCUCCACCUCCACCUGUGUCAACAUGCCAAUCUGGUUGCUCAGACUAUUGUGCACCAGCAUGCUCCCAGAGUUGUUGUGACUCGACGCCAGAUCUAAGCGCAUUAGCAAAGUCCAUCACAGGCAGCACUGAAGCGUGUGAAGGAGAGAACUGUCCAAUGGUUUGGGACAAAAGAAGAACCAUUCAAGCUGUCAAAGACGACAAAAGAAACACUAUACCUAGAGAAAAGCUUGCAAAGAUUGAGAUGCUUAGAAAACGAAGCUGGGAUCGUUAACAUAAU